AUGUGGGACUUCACUCAGCCCCUGACCUCGCGCCGGAUUGAGCCCACACGGGUGCUGACGCCAUUUGUGAACCGCAUUUCCGGGUACCAGCCGAUUAUUGCCCUUCACGCGGCGGUGGAUGGGAGCUAUUAUGUGGCCUGCCAAGAUGGAGACAGCCCUGCGCUUAUCGCGUCUGGUGGGAAACAGCUCGGUUACUGCGCGAUCGGCGAGCGUGGGAUGGUAAAUGUGGUGCAGUGUAAAGGACACCGCGCGGCCGUUACGAGCUCCAGUCCGCACGCUACGGUAGCCGGGAGCUUUUACACGGGCGCACAGGACGGGACGGCCCGUCUGUGGGAUCAGAGCUCGUACGAGCGGCACGCCGUGUACGCGGUGAAGCACGGCUCCGGCCAGAUUGACGAUGGGGUUAUUGUCGAAAGCGUUCUGAGCCUAACUUCGGUCGGUGGUGGGGGAAGCGUGUUCGCCACGGGCGGCCAGGAUGGGUGUGUGCAGAUAUGGGAUAAUCGGAUCAAGUACCGUCCGGGGGGUUCUGUCGCCUCGUUUGAUUUGUAUGCACCGCAGGGGCGGUCGUUGCGUGCAGGCUCAAGGACCUUGCCAGGGGAUGAAGUGUUUGAAAAACAUGUUGGGGGGAUGGCUGAGUUCACUCACUCGAGCGGCGUAAUUAAGGCAUAUCCUAUGGUACUAGCCGUCCGUCGCGGAGCAGAGCUUCAGUUUGUCGACCUCCGGCAGCUCUUGCCCUUGGAGAAGGGAAGCGGCGCAUCACCUUCGCGUGUAUCCGCACCACCCCUCUUCGGCGAUACGGUUGUGGACCUGCCGUACAUCACCGACAUCAUGCCUGUCGUUUCAACACAAGACGGUUUCCUAACCUGCACUAGCCGCGAAGGAUUUCGACACGUGGUUGGCGGCCACGUCGUGCACUUUCGGUGUGGUAACGACCCGGAGGCUUCGCGUGCAACUUCGACUCUCCAAGUCUGGCGUGCGGGAAGGCCGAAUGAGGAUGUGCUCUGCGUUUGCGCGGAUGCCGCGACUCUUGGAAGUGUUGGUAGUGGCAGCAUUUUCGCUGGGCUGAGCUCGGGUGAUGUCGUAGUGCAGACUACCGUCGGUGGGGACAACCGCCCCUGUAAGCCUGAUACACCCAUCUUUCGUUGGUUGGCAUCUCGCCCGGAACGCGAGAACGGGUCUGACAAGGCUGAGGGUCGGUCCCUAGGACAAAAAUCAGGUCGAAUAGAAAAUGAUGGAUGCGAGCUACUUUUUUGA